AUCUAUAUUUCAGAGGUGUGUUUGUAAACCCCGCGGUGGUGGGUAGUUAAGGCCGGCAAGGUAUAAAAAUGUCUGCCGAAGCACCGAUUAUAAAUAGGUUUCUACGGCUCAGAAAGGAGGUUCUUGACCCCCUUCAGCCUGGUCUCACGUUUGAAGGUUUAGUUGACGCAUUCAUUGUUCUCUACGAAAACUGUAAAGAUGAAACUAAGGGAAAACAACAUCUGGUAGAGUUUAUCAACAAGUUCCAGACAACAGUCAACAACUACAACAAACUUAGGAUAAGCAUAAAUGAUUUCGAUGUCAAGCGAAUCAUCGGCCGGGGAAACUUCGCCGAUGUCAAACUUGCUAAGGAGAAGAGUAGUGGUAACGUUUACGCUAUGAAGAUAAUGAAGAAGACAGGGGAUAGGAACUCUGCUUUCUAUGAGGAGGAGAGGGAUAUUAUGGCCAGAUCAACCAGCUCAUGGCUCACAAAACUUGAUUAUGCUUUCCAGGAUGACCUUCAUCUAUACCUGGCAAUGGAGUUCCAUGCUGGAGGUGAUCUUCUUUCACUCCUGGAUAAAACUGGACACAAGCUUGAGGAACCUGCAGUUAGAUUUUACACAGCAGAGGUUGCUCUUGGUAUCCAUGAUCUGCAUAAGAUGGGAUACGUUCAUCGAGAUAUCAAACCUGAAAACAUAUUGCUAGACAUUACCGGACAUGUCAAGAUUGCGGAUUUUGGUAGCUCGGCUCGGCUCAAUACCGCAGGUUUAGUAACUAAAGUUAUCCCUGUUGGAACCCCGGAAUAUAUUGCCCCUGAGGUGCUGCAGUGCCUGCAGAGUAAGACUGGGUCCAAGUCCCACGGCGCGGAGUGUGACUACUGGUCCCUCGGUAUCCUCGCCUACGAGAUGAUGUUCGGGGAGACCCCCUUCUCCGACCUGGACGGGAGUGUUAUCAACACUUAUUCAAACAUUAUGGCGCACAAGCAGGUUGAGUUCCCUUCUAAUGAAGAAUGUUCUGGUGAGCUGAAGAGUUUGAUUAAGCGUCUGCUAAGUAGUGCACCGAAGAGGAUUGGACAUCAGAACUUGAUCCGUCAUCCGUUCUUUGGAGAUAUUGAUUGGAACAAUAUGAGGAACCAGAAACCACCUCAUGUGCCCCAGGUGAAAAGGGCAGAUGAUACUUCCAACUUUGAUGUUAUUGAGGACGAACCUUCUAGCAUUGAUAUCUCCAGUCUUACUGACAAGAAGACACUCAAACAUCUUCCUUUCAUUGGGUUCACCUUUACUUCAGAUAAAGGUAAGCUGAAGAGUCUAGAGACCAAGGAAUCUACAAGUCUGGAAACUGAACUUAAAACUAAAGCUUCUGAACUAGAGAACUACAAACUCAGAAUAUUUCAGUUAGAGCAGCAGAUAUUCAGCACUACAAGAACUCAUGAGACGAGCCAAAGGGAUUUUGAAGCUACAGAGAAGCUGACCUACGAGCUGUCCAUGGCGGAGAAUGAGAAUACGCAGCUCAAGACCAACAUCAAAAACCUUGAGAGAGUUCUGGAGAUUGAGAGGCAAGAGAGGUCGGCCACCGAACAUAAAACUCUUCAAGUUCUACAGGAUGUACGGAACAAGUGGGCUAAGAAAGAGGAGGAAAAGUUGGACAAACUUAGAACUGAACUCAAGGAGGAACAGGAUAAAAGUUCUGAGCUGGAAACAACUCUGAGUUCAACACGAAGAGAACUGAAAGCUACUAAAUCAGAACUUGAGAGUGUUAAGGGUAUUAAGACCCAGUUAAAGAACAAACUCAAGGAUUAUAAACAGAGACUUGAGAAUGUUGCAGCUUUAGAGGAGAAAAGAUCAGAGAAAUUGUCUAUUCUGGGCCCUGGACUUGCAUCAAUUCAAGAUAUAGCAACAACGCUUAAACAGCUGGAGCACGAGAAUUCGAAACUUAAGGAGGUUGUUUCAGAAACAACAUCAGCACUCAACGAGAGCAGAAGUAUCGAGGGAAAAGUGGAUGCACUACAGCUGAUUAUAGAGCAGAGAGAUCAGAUACUAGCGGAGAAAAAUGCAGAGAUUAAGAUCAAGUCUGCAGAGGUUGAAAGUUUUGCUGCUCUACACACUGCUGACAAGAAAACUAUCCAAGAUCUAGAAUCUAAAUUCAGAUCAGCUCAGGUUGAUUUGAAAAAACUUCAGAGAGAUAUUGACAAUCUUCAUAUGGACAAAUCUGAAACUGAAGAGGUGAAUACAACUGUGGUCCAGAUGAGAACUGAGUUGACCGAGGCAAUAUCAGAAAUAGCAACAUUAAGAGACCAAGUUGAGAGUGGGAAAGCUAAUGAGCAGACCCUGACCAAGGAGAUUGGUAAGCUAAACCUGGUGUUGGAGAAGAAGGAUCUAGACAAGGAUAAGGUGGUGAACAGGUUGAAGAAGGAGUUCCAGGAGAAGGAGGAGGAUUGGAAGAAUAAAAUUAAAGAAUUAGAGAAAGUGUUCGAAACUCUUCAGGCUAAGAUCGAUGAUCUGCAGAAGAAGAGGCGGGAGGAGGUGAAGGAGAAGGGCAGGAAGGAGGUCCUAGAGCUGGAAGAGAAGCUGGAAAAGUUGGAGGACCUGGUGGAGGAGAAGAAGAGGGAGGAAGACAGGUUGAAGGAGGUGGUGAGGAAGCAGGAGAAGGAGAAUACCGAGCUCAAGGGGAAGGUUAAGGAUUGCGAGGUUGUAAUUGUUGAGAUUGAGCAGAAGAAAGUAGAACUUGAGAAAACUAUUCAAGAAGAGAAGGAAGCUGAAGCGGAAUCUACAGAGUUGCUGGAGAAGGUGAUGAUACUGGAGAAGGAGUUGAGAGAGGUCAAGCUGGAUCUUAGGAUAGAGAAGAGAGAAACUGAGAAAAAGAGUGGAAUAGUAAAAUAUUACCGAGAGAAGGAGGAUAAAUCUAAGGAGAAGAUUACCGAAUUGGAGACCAGAAUAUCGGAGCUAGAGAAGGAGCUGGGAGAUAUAAAGGCAGAGAAGGAUAGGUUGGAUCUCGAGGUGAAGGGUUUGGAGAGGAGCAAUGAGAAGAUGGAAAAGAUGAAGGAGGACCUGGAGAAGAUAAAACAGCAGAAGUUGGAGAUAUCCAUGGAGAAACGGAGAUUGGAGACUGAGGUUUCAGGAUAUGAGAGGAGGAUUGAAAGACUGGAGAAGGAGAUCCAAGGAUUUUCCGAGGAAAAGGAGAAGUUCAAAUCUAUCCAGAUCAACAACGAUGCUCUUAAAGGCCUUUGUGAAGACCUGGACCGUCAGGUCACAGAGUUCGAGUCUGCUGCAGAGUCCCUGGAGGACAGAGUCCAGGUUCUUGAGGCCGAGAAGAGAGAACUUAUCUCUAAAGUGGACUUAGUUCAGGAGGACUCAAGGAAGGUUAAGAUUGCCGUCAACGAGGAGAAAAGUGUUAAACUCUUCACAGAAAAGAAACUGAAGACAAUGGAACAGAAGCUGGAAGACUAUGAGAAACAAGCUAACAAGGAGAAAGAAGUUUAUGAAAAGAAUCUAUCUGAGUAUAAGGAAUUGUGCAAGAAGCUUUCAGGCGCCCUGGAGGAGCUGACUGGUAAAAAUAUGAAAAUGGAACAAACUGGAAAUAGUUUAGAAAAACUUAAAUCAAGUUUGGAAUAUGAAAAUAGUCAGCUUAAGAUUGAAUUGGGAGAGAAGACGACCCAACUGCACAGUCACAAGGAGUCUAACUUCAAGCUGACCAAUGGUAUUGAGGAGGCAAUUAAGAAGAUAGAACAGAAGAAUCAACAGAUUGAUGAAAUACAUCUCAAAAUAGAGACAGAUUCAAGAAUUAUGUCUGAGCUGGUAACAAGGCAUGAAGCAACCAUUGCACAGCAAACUAAACUCAUAGAUUUUCUUCAACAGAAG